AUGGCGAUGGCGAGUUUGGGCAGGCGAAGAGCGACAACCUUGUUGUAUUCAUCCUCCAACCACAAAUUCUCGUCCAUUCUGGCCAGGGGAUUCGCCUCCGGAUCCGAUGAGAACGACGUCGUCGUCAUUGGUGGCGGCCCCGGUGGUUACGUGGCGGCUAUCAAGGCGGCGCAGCUGGGCCUCAAGACCACCUGUAUCGAGAAACGUGGCACCCUCGGCGGUACCUGCCUUAACGUUGGCUGCAUCCCUUCUAAGGCCUUGCUGCAUUCUUCCCAUCUGUAUCAUGAAGCAAAGCAUUCAUUUGGCCAUCAUGGUAUCAAGGUUGGUUCGGUGGAGGUGGAUGUAGCAGCGAUGCUGGCCCAAAAAGAUAACGCCGUGGGUAACUUGACUAAAGGCAUCGAGGGUCUCUUCAAGAAGAACAAAGUAAACUACGUGAAGGGAUAUGGCAAGUUCCUAUCCCCUUCUGAAGUAUCUGUAGAGACCCCAGAUGGUGGCAACACAACUGUGAAAGGAAAGCAUAUUAUAAUAGCCACUGGUUCUGAUGUAAAAACCCUCCCCGGGAUCACCAUAGACGAAGAGAGGAUUGUGUCAUCUACUGGUGCUUUAGCAUUGAAGGAGGUUCCCAAGAAACUCGUAGUGAUAGGGGCUGGCUACAUUGGUCUGGAAAUGGGUUCUGUUUGGGGUCGGCUGGGGUCGGAGGUCACUGUUGUUGAAUUUGCCGCAGACAUUGUUCCAAGCAUGGAUGGCGAAAUCCGGAAACAAUUCCAACGAGUCCUUGAAAAGCAGAAGAUGAAAUUCAUGCUUAAAACUAAGGUGGUGUCUGUUGACACCACGGGAAGUGGUGUGAAGUUGAUCCUUGAACCAGCAGGCGGUGGCGAGCAGACCAUGCUCGAGGCUGACGUUGUUCUUGUUUCUGCUGGAAGAGUGCCAUUUACUGCAGGACUGGAGCUGGAGAAGAUAGGGGUCGAAACUGACAAGGGGGGUCGCGUGCUUGUGAAUGAGCGGUUUGGCACAAACGUGGGAGGUGUGUAUGCAAUCGGGGAUGUGAUCCCGGGGCCUAUGUUGGCUCACAAGGCGGAAGAAGAUGGCGUAGCGUGUGUGGAGUACAUUGCGGGCAAGGAAGGGCACGUGGACUACGAGCUAGUGCCAGGGGGUGAGGUUGCAGCGGUGGGGAAAACGGAGGAGCAAGUGAAGGCCCUCGGAGUUGAGUAUGGCGUGGGGAAGUUCCCUUUGGUGGCGAACAGCAGAGCCAAGGCGAUGGACGAUGCAGAGGGGCUGGUGAAGAUAGUGGCGGAGAAGGAGAGCGACAGGAUCUUGGGAGUGCAUAAUGCAGGUGAGCUCAUUCAUGAAGCUGCUUUGGGCAUGCAAUAUGGAGCUUCGAGUGAAGACAUUGCCAGAACAUGCCAUGCUCAUCCUACUGUCAGCGAGGCUGUUAAGGAGGCCGCCAUGGCCACUUAUCACAAACCCAUUCACAUUUGAUCUUCUUCUUCUAGUUUGUGUAAUAAGAAAUAUUCCAUGAUUGUUUUAUUUUGACAAUAUAAAAGGUAUUAAACUGAGGUCCUUGUAAAUGUGUGGCUACUCGCUUCAUGAUGUUGGGAUGGGGCCUACUAUUGCUAGGAAUAGGAUUAUGAAAUUAUCAAAUUGCAUACUAUAUAAAGAUAGAUUUAUGGCAAA